AGCCCCGCGGGGGGCGAUGCGGUAGCUGCAGCGCGGCGGCAGGAGUUUCCCACAAUGCAGCGCGGUGCGCUGUCCCCGGUGCUGAUGCUCAGCGCUGCCCCGGAGCCUCCGCCGCGGCCGCCUCCCGCCCUGUCCCCGCCGGGCCCGGGCUCUGGCUCUGGCUCCCGCCAUGGCUCUACUCGUCUUGGUCCUACCCCAGAGCCGUCGGGGAGCCUGGGUGCAGCGCUCGACAGCAGCCUGCGUGCCGCCGUGGCGUUCAAGGCGGAGGGCCAGCGCUGCUACCGAGAGAAGAAGUUCCGGGAGGCCAUCGGCAAGUACCACCGAGCGCUGCUGCAGCUGAAGGCGGCGCAGGGGGCCCGCCCUGGAGGCCUGCCCGCCCCCGUCCCCGGGCCCACCAGCAGCCCCGGGCCGGCGCGCCUCAGUGAGGAGCAGCGGCGCCUGGUGGAGAGCACGGAGGUGGAGUGUUAUGAUUCUCUCACCGCUUGCCUGCUGCAGUCGGAGCUGGUGAACUACGAGCGCGUGCGCGAGUACUGUCUCAAGGUGCUGGAGAAGCAGCAGGGCAACUUUAAGGCCACCUACCGCGCCGGCAUUGCCUUCUACCACCUAGGUGACUAUGCAGGCGCGCUGCGCUACCUGCAGGAGGCCCGCAGCCGGGAGCCCACAGACACCAAUGUGCUCCGCUACAUCCAGCUGACUCAGCUGAAGAUGAACCGUUGCAGCCUCCAGCGGCAAGACAGUGGAGCUGGGGCCCAGACUCGGGAUGUGAUUGGCUGAGGCCAACCCAAGAGGAUCGUCUUUACCCCCUCAUCCUCCCACCUCACCAUGUAUGUAACUUCCCCCUGACUCAUAUGUUUGCUGGUAAAACACUUGUCACUGGUGAUCAUAA